CAAAACAGUUGACCAAACCAUAAAAUGUGUAAGCAGAACUUUGUUAUAUGUGAUUAUGUUAAAGACUAACUAAAGUGCAAGCACAAGGAUCCUUCUCUCAAUCUGUUAUUUCCCACUGAGCUCAUCUCAAAGUGCAUCUACUUCUUGAGAUAAGCAGGUUGUCUUAAAUUAUGGCAAAUAUUGUUGUGACCAUCGCAAGUAAUGUGGGUAAAUAUUUGGCGGGACCAGCCAUUCGCGAACUUCAAUACCUUCUUUGUGUUAAUAAUGUAAUCAAUCUUCUUGAGAAUGAAAGAGAGGCGCUGUCGGCUGAAAGAGACAACUUGCAGACUCGUGUGGCACAAGCCAAAGAGAGAACUGAAGUAAUUGAAAAGCCAGUGGAGAAAUGGUUGAAUGAUGUGGAAAAUCUCCUUAAAGAGGUGGAGAUUCUCGUACAAAGGACAAAGACGGACCUCAAUUGUUUUCAAGGAUGGUUUCCAACGUGUAGCCGGUAUCUAUUAUGCAAGGAAAUGGUAAAGAAGAUAGAGGCAAUGGAGAAAUUCAAAGGUAAGAGUAAUGACAUUAAUCCAUUUUCUCAUCUUGCUCCACUACCAGGUAUUCAGUAUCAGUCAUCCAAAGAUUUCAUUUACUUUGAGUCAACAACAAUGGCUUAUAGUCAAAUCUGGGAAGCACUCGAGGAUGAUGGUGUCUCUAUAAUUGGUCUGCAUGGAGAGGGAGGAUGUGGAAAAACAGCCCUUGUAACAGAAGUUGGCAAAAAGGCUGAGGAAUUGGAUAUGUUUGAUAAGGUUAUAUCAAUCACAGUGUCUCGAACUCCAAAUAUUAGAAGCAUUCAAGGAAGAAUUGCAGAUAUGUUAAACGUGAGAUUGGGGGAAGAAAGUGAAGAGGGAAGAGCACAACGUUUGUGGUUGUGUUUACAAGAAAAGAAGCGAGUUCUUAUAAUAGUAGACGAUAUAUGGAGAGGGUUUCAUUUGAUGGAUAUAGGGAUUCUCUUAGACAAUGUUAACAAACGAACAUGGAAGAUCCUCAUAACCACUCAUAGCGAGCGUAUUUGUACAUCAAUGGAAUGCCAAAAGACUACUCAUUUGGAGCUCUUGUCUGAAGAUGAAUCUUGGACUUUCUUCCAAAAAUUUGUAAGAGUAGAUAACAUACACUCCAAAAAUUUGCCACGGGAAAUCUGCAAUGAAUGCGAAAGACUUCCCCUAACAAUCAAAACUGUGGCGUUGUCAUUAAAAGGAAGGGAUGAAAGUGAAUGGCAUCGGGCAUUAGAGAAAUUGAGGGAUUCAAAGGAAUCUAAUGAUGAAGGAGGAGUGGCUGCUACUUUUAACUGCCUUAAAUUAUGCUUUGGUUAUUUGCUAAGGCCAGAAACAAAACAACUCUUUCUGAUGUGUUCUCUUUUUCCCGAAGACUAUCACAUUCCAAUAGAAGAUUUGUUGAGGUAUGCAGUUGGAUUGCGUGCAGAAGAAAGAUUAUCGUUACCGUCAAGAAGAAGCUUAUUUGAAGCAGACAUCAGCCAACUUUUAGACUCAGGUUUGCUGAUGCGAGGUUCCGUGAAGAUGCACGACGUGGUUCGUGACGCAGCCUUAUGGUUUGCAAAUAGAUCAAAGAAUUGCAAAAUAAUGGUAAAUGUGGACAAACCACUUAGCAUUGUGGCAGGGGACAACAAAAUAAGAGAUUGUUUUGCAGUAUCCUCAUGGUGGUAUAAUGAAAGUCCCUCUUUCUGUCAACUGCAUGCUCCAAAUCUUAAAAUUCUAUUGCUAAAUAUAAGUUCUCUUGGGUCAUUUAAUUCCUAUGUUUUAUUGCGUUUGACAUUUGAAGGAAUGCAAGGGCUUGAGGUGUUGUCUCUAACCAUCAACUACAAAAGAGUACGAUUAUCACUACCUCCCUCAAUCCAACUGUUGAGAAAUGUUCGAACUUUGCGCUUAAAUGGAUUGGAGUUUGGUGACUUAUUUUUCAUACCUAGCUUAAUAAGACUUGAGAUUCUUGACUUGCGACGUUGUAAGUUCAACGAACUUCCUAUUGAAAUAGGAAAACUCUUAAGCCUAAGGCUGCUAGAUUUGUCAGAAUGUCAUAUUUUUAGAAGUUACUACUAUAAUGGAGCAAUAGGAAAAUGUUUACAACUAGAGGAACUAUAUGCUUCAGCAUGCUACCCAGAAGAGUAUGUUUCUGAGAUCAGUAUGGAUAUCAGUAUCCUCCCAAAUUUAUAAAGGUUUAAAUUUAGUGAUCAAAUCACACUAAAAUUAAAGGAUUGUAAUAUCUCAAAUUUGAGGACAACUGAAAAAACAAUUCUGCAAAUAGGUAAAUAUGUUUCUUUGACAGGCCUCCAUGGAGGAUGUAAAAAUAUCAUUCCAGAUAUGGUUGGAAUUGUGGGAGGCAUGAAAGAUUUGACUUCUCUCCUUCUUAAAAGAUGCAAAGAGAUAAAAUGCAUCGUCGAUGCAACCUAUGAUUUCAAGGAAGAUGAUUUGAUUCCCAACUUGGCCGAGUUAAGACUUCAACGGUUGGAAAAUUUGACAGUAUUGUGUCGAGGUCCACCUCUGGAAGUACUGCGCUACUUUGAGAAACUAGAACUACUUGAUAUUCAAUUUUGCAAGCAGUUACACAUCAUUUUUCCUAUGGAAUGUAAGUUACGAAAUCUUAAGAUCCUCAGGUUACAAGAUUGCUGGACCGAUGGAGUACUUUUCUCAGCAUCUGUUGCUCAAAGUCUGCAGCAACUAGAAGAACUAAGUAUAAUUGAUUGCAAUGAAUUGAAGCAUAUAAUUUCUGCAAGUGGAAGUGAACAUGAUGAUGGCUUUAAUACUAGGGAGGAAAUAAUUCCAAUUCCAACGAGUUCUCCUUUUUUGAUGACCAAUCUAAGGGAAGUUAACAUUGUCGGUUGUAGAAGUUUAGAGUCGAUAUUCCCAAUGUGUUAUGUUGAAGGACUAAACCAAUUGCAAAAGCUGGAAAUAUCAUCAUCUCCUAAGCUGAAAUAUGUGUUUGAUGAAUAUGGUCAUGAACACCUUUCAUCACACCAAUACAAGAACCAGGUCAUGCUUCCUCGUUUGGAAUCUCUCAGUCUCGAUAAUCUUAACAAUUUCAUUGGGAUGUGUCCAGAGAAUUGUCAAGCAAAUUGGCCAUCUCAGACACUGAGGAUAAUGGACAUAAAUAAUUGUCCGAGAGUGGAUCUACUACGGUUGAAUUUGCAGGUUGGCAAUGAUAAGAGACGACGUAAUCAUCUGAAUGAAAUUUGGAGUUUCCAGUGUCUUCAACAUUUAACAGUGGGCAAUAAUGAAAAAUUGAAAUAUUUGUUCUUCAUGAAAACACAUAGAAGCCUACCAGAGUUGAUUGAACUUAGUGUUUACGGUUGUCAAGAAUUGGAACAAAUUGUUGCAGCAAGUGAAGAACUUCUACAGCUUCCCCGUGCUAAAGUUUAUUUUCCGAAGCUAAAAGAUAUAUAUGUCGAUAACUGCAACAAGUUGAAAAACCUUUUCCCUCUUGCUAUGGUCAGAAUGCUUCCACAACUAAGCGUGCUUAAUAUAACAAAUUGUACUGGAGUGGAAGAGGUUUUUAGACAUGGUCCCGGAGGAGACGAUAUUAUCAGGAAAUUUGAAGUUGUGCUUCCAUACUUGGCAUGUAUAAUCUUGGAUGAUCUACCUAAUUUUAUAGAUAUCUGCCAUGGUUAUAAGUUACCUGAUGUUGAACUUCUACAACUCUGCAUAUCUAACUGCCCCAAAAUUGUUCCAAGCUUAAAAAAAGUUCAGGUAACUCUUUUCCUUGUUAACUUGAAUACUUUAAUUUUUUUUUCUUCAUUUAGUUCAAUGUUAGGAUAAUGAGAUAGAAACAAACAUCGAAGCUUCAUUUUGAAUAUUGCUUACUGAAGAUAAAUUCCUUGAACAUAAAAAUGCAACAUAAAUGCAAACUAAAGAAUUCAAAUAUAUCAUUUGAAUGUACCUGGUGUGAAGAUAUUUCAUCUGCUAACCUGCUAAUCGAAUUUUUUAUUUUGUUGUUGAAAAGGAUGAAACUCAAUAAAUAUUCGGGUUAAGUAGAUGAAGAUUCUUUUUACAGAUAUGAAUGAGAAUUUUUCACGGUCAUCUACAGAUGGAUCAUCAUCAUUUUAUUUGUUUAGACUUUACAUUACAACUUGUAUUGAAUAACAAUGUGGUUAGUUGCAUAUGAAUUUUGAACUCUGAAUGUGCUAUAUUAU